GCUUUACAUCAUUCACUAUUGCCCUUAUUUCACUAAUAGGAUUGGCCGUCCAAUCAGGAAGAGGCACCUCCUAAGUCCGGGGUUUAGGCAGAGGGAAUUAAAGGGUGUAUCUCUAGUGGAAAAGAGCCGCUGAAUGAUUUGAACCUUGAGUUGGAGCCCAUCUGACCGUCUCUAAUCGAACGAGGCCAAGAAGCCAAGAAAGCUCAGGCACCUCCCUCCCAAUCCCCUUCCGCUCGGAAAUCGCCUUUCAGCACGAUUAGCGCUGCAACCAGAUUCUCUCCUCUACAGCUCACUGAGAACCGUCAAAAUUUCCUACCUUGAGGAUCUUGAGUUUGAGGAGGAGGAAGAAGAAAUGGGUGCAGGAGCAAGCGCCGAGGACAAAAAAUCCAAGGAGUUGGAAAAGCAACUCCAAGAAGAUGCUGAUAAGGACGCUAAAACGGUCAAGCUAUUACUGCUUGGCGCUGGUGAGUCAGGGAAAAGCACCAUCGUAAAACAAAUGAAGAUUCUGCAUCAAGGUGGUUACACAAAAGCGGAACAGAUGGAGUUCAGAGCGAUCGUCUUCGGCAACAUCCUGCAGUCUGCUCUGGCUAUCAUCAGAGGCAUGGAGAUGCUCAGCAUUGAUUUCGGCUCGUCCGCUGCGCAGGAGAAUGCACAGAAGCUGCAGAACUUGUCAGACUCCAUUGAAGAAGGCUCGAUGCCUGCUGAGCUGUCUGACGUCAUCAUGAAGCUGUGGAAAGACAGUGGAGUGCAGGCCGGCUUCGACAGAGCUGCUGAGUACCAACUGAACGACUCUGCUGGAUACUACCUCAAUGAAAUGGACCGAAUCAGCAAGCCAGACUACCUCCCCACUGAGCAGGACGUGCUGCGAUCUCGAGUCAAAACAACUGGUAUCAUUGAAGAACAGUUCGCCUGCAAAGAGUUGUACUUCAGGAUGUUCGACGUGGGCGGCCAGAGGUCAGAGAGAAAGAAGUGGAUCCACUGUUUCGAGGGUGUGACCUGCAUCAUCUUCUGCGGAGCUCUCAGUGCAUACGACAUGGUGCUGGUAGAGGACGACGAAGUGAACCGCAUGCACGAGUCCCUCCAUCUAUUCAACAGUAUCUGCAACCACAGAUUCUUCGCACUGACCUCCAUCGUGCUUUUCCUCAACAAGAAGGAUCUCUUUGAAGAAAAGAUCAAGAAAGUCCAUCUGAGUAUCUGCUUCCCAGACUACGAUGGCUCCAACACGUACGAAGACGCCAGCAACUACAUCAAGACGCAGUUCAUGGACCUGAACAUGAAGAAGGGCGUGAAAGAAAUCUACUCCCACUUGACCUGUGCCACAGACACAAGGAACGUCGAGAUUGUGUUCAACGCUGUGACGGACAUCAUCAUCAAAGAAAACCUUAAAAGCUGCGGUCUCUUCUAAGCAGCGGAGGAUAGAAAAGAGAACUUCCUUUCCUACCUUAACCCCUCACAUAUUGGUAUUAACUGAGAAGUGUAGUGUUGGAGCACAGAGGAUCCUCAGGUUGUCGUGUUCACGCCAUUGCUGCUUCCAAGCCAAGUCCCGGUCCUUGACUGACACAU